UUCCUCAACAAGCUGGGACUCGGCUCACCAGAGAUCAGCGAAGGUGUCGCUCUCGAUGAAAUAGAGAGCCCAGGCACUUCCAGCCCUAAGGACGGGAAGGAUGAGAAGGAUAUCGGUGUCUCGUCAGCACAUGAACUGUCUGAACCAGAGGCUGCUAGACGGUUGAAAGUUUUCAAGCAUAAUGCAGACGCACUUUGGGAUCCCAACCUUGAAAGUGAUGAUCUGCAAGCAGUCGAUGAAGCUGUUGAGCAUCACGACAAGGAUGGCGAGAAUCAUCUUGUCAACGAACUUUUCGACAAUAGCCCUUACCCAGAAGUCAGGGCUGCUGUUAGGAACUACGACCNNCCUUGUAACACUAUCCGUAUGUGGGUCAUCUCACUUCUGAUGACUACCAUCGGUUCGGGUCUAAACAUGCUCUUCUCUCUACGUUCGCCCUCGAUCACGAUAACCUCCUAUGUUGCGCAACUCAUCGUCUAUCCCGUUGGUCUUGCGUGGGACAAAGUCAUGCCAAAUCGUGAGCACACAACCUUUGGUGUCAAAUGGAAUCUGAACCCUGGCCCCUUUAACUUCAAAGAACACGCCAUGAUCGUGAUCAUGGCCAAUGCCCNNUCAUUUGGAACCGGUGUGGGAUACUUCACCGAUAUCCUCCAGGCUCAGCGCGGAUUCUACAAGUUCAAUUGGGGAUGGGGCUUCGGCGUGCUCGUUGCUCUGAGCACUCAAUGUGUUGGGUUUGGCCUCGCUGGUCUCUUCUCUCGCUGGCUGGUAGAGCCAGCUCCCAUGAUUUGGCCCCAGGACCUCGUCAACUGCGCGUUCAUGUAUACCCUCCACGACAACUCGAAAACGGACCCCGCCAAAACAAAUGGCUGGCGUAUUAGCAGAUACCGCUGGUUCUUCUAUGUCUUCGUGGGCUCAUUUGUUUACUACUGGUUUCCAGGCUACAUUGCUCAGUUCUUGAGCGUCUUCGCAUUCCCUACCUGGAUCACGCCUAACAACGUCACGGUCAACAAAGUUNUUGGAGGCUUCAGUGGUAUGGCACUUCUGCCUAUCACCUUUGAUUGGACCCAAAUCACCGGAUACGUUUUCAGUCCUUUGAUUCCUCCUUGGCAUGCUAUCGGAAACACCAUGAUCGGUCUUGUCCUCUUCUAUUGGAUCACCGCCUCAGCUGUUCACUUUAGUGGAACCUGGUACGCCGACUACCUCCCUUUCAGCGAUUCCAGUUCCUACGACAAUACCGCCAGCAUUUACAACGUCUCCCGCAUUCUCACCCCGGAAAUCACUCUGGACCUUACAAAAUACAAAGAGUACUCGCCUCUCUUCUUGUCUACUACUUUUGCACUCUGCUAUGGUCUUUCGUUCGCCGCUAUCUCCGCCGUCGUCACCCAUACUAUCCUCUUCCACGGAAAAUUCAUUCUUGAUAGAUGGCGACGUUCGCGUGAUGACAUGCGUGAUGUGCAUCAAGAAAUGAUGGACAAAUAUCCCAAAGUGCCUGCUUGGUGGUACAUAAGCUUACUUGUUAUCUGUAUCGGGCUUUCGUUCGCCACAAUCUACGCUUACCCUACAGAGAUGAGUUGGUGGGCAUUGAUCUUAGCAUUUAUCAUCUCGUUUCUUGGUCUCAAUGUCUUCACAGAGUUCCUGAUCGGAUACAUGCAGCCCGGCAGACCUAAUGCCAUGAUGUUGUUCAAGACUUAUGGCUACAUCACCAUGACACAAGGUCUUGCCUUUACUCAGGACAUGAAGCUCGGUCAUUACCUAAAGGUCCCUCCCAGGACGAUGUUCCUUGGCCAGUUGAUCGCUACCAUCUGGUCUUGCAUUGUUCAGCUCGCGGUCUUCGAAUGGGCUUUCGGUGGUGGUAUCGAGAACCUGUGCGCUUUGCAUCAGGCCAACCAUUUCACCUGCCCUGGAGGAAGAGUCUUUUACAAUGCUAGUGUAAUCUGGGGAGUCAUUGGUCCUGCACGCAUGUUCAGUGGCGAUGCUACCUACAAGAACCUUCAGUGGUUCUGGCUAGCUGGCGCUGCUGCUCCCGUCCUCAUUUACUUCGCCGCGAAGCAGUGGCCUAAGUCACCCAUCCGCUUCCUUAGCGCUCCCCUAAUAUUCGGCGGUACUGGACAAAUUCCUCCUGCUACGCCGUUGAACUACUUGUCGUGGGGUGUUGUUGGCUUUAUCUUCAACAAGUGGAUUCGCAACAGCUACAGAGGCUGGUGGAUGCGUUUCAACUAUAUCACAUCAGCUGCCCUCGAUUCUGGUCUGGCCAUCUCGACCAUAUUACUUGUGUUGACAAUCAGUUUGACCAAUACUGAUCCACCUAACUGGUGGGGUAACGUUGGCAUCUACAACACUAUGGAUUAUUUAGGCACGGCCGUAGCCAAGGUUCUGCCUGACGGUGCUACCUUUGGUCCUUCUAGCUGG